UAGCUUAUUGCUGCUGCACGAUGUGUACUUUUUUUUAUUGCACGCCAUUAGUGCUUUUAAUAUGAGUUGAACUUAUCUUAUCCCAGGCGUUUUCAUUCAAAAAAUAAGAUAAUGGAUGAAUGGUUCAAAAUAAUUGUAAAACUAUGAUAUUUUUUAAUUUGGUAUUAAAAGGCGUUAUAUAAAGAGGCUAGGCUAAACUAUCUUUUAGCGUUUUAAAAACUUUAUUGCGAAAAUAUGUAGGCGGAUAUUGUUUCGACUCGGACACUUUUAUGGAGACUCACCUUUUUUCUGUGGUAUCACAACGUGGAUGAAGAGGAGUAGGUGAACCCCUAAAAUGCAGAUCUCCAACAUAAACGAUGUGAAAAUUUAUAACCUUAGUUAUGGGAAGUCUCUCCCAGAGUGGUUGUCGGAUCGAAAGAAAAGACAGCUUCAAAAAAAAGAUGUCGACAUCCAGCGGCGGAUUGAGCUCAUCCAGGACUUUGAGAUGCCCACAGUGUGCAGUUCCAUCAAAGUGUCCCGAGAUGGUCAGUUUAUCCUGGCAGCAGGAACAUACAAACCCAGAGUUCGCUGUUAUGACACACAUCAACUGUCCCUUAAAUUUGAGCGAUGUCUGGAUUCAGAUGUUGUGGCUUUUGAAAUCCUGUCAGAUGAUUAUUCUAAGCUGGUCUUUCUGAACUGCGAUCGCCACGUGGAGAUCCACGCCCAACAUGGUCACUACUACAAGACUCGUAUUCCAAAAUUUGGACGGGACUUUUCCUACCACUAUGCCUCCUGCGACCUCUACUUCGUGGGGAUGAGUUCAGAGGUGUACAGACUGAACCUGGAACAGGGUCGCUUCCUGAACUCCCUUCAGACAGACGCUGUGGAAAAUAACGUUUGUGAUAUCAACGGCGUCCAUAAUUUGUUCGCAACAGGAACCUCGGAGGGAAGGGUCGAAUGUUGGGACCCCCGCAUCCGGAACCGGGUAGGCAUGCUGGACUGCGCCCUGAGCAGCCUGACUGAGGGAACAGUGGUUCAGGGUUUACCUUCCAUCAGUGCGUUGAAGUUUAACGGCUCCCUCACCAUGGCAGUAGGCACCAGCACCGGACAAGUGCUGGUGUAUGACCUACGUUCCAGCCAACCGCUGCUGGUGAAAGAUCACUUCUACAACCUGCCGAUCAAGUCUCUGAUCUUCCACGACCAGCUGGACCUCAUCGUGUCUGCUGACUCCAAGAUAAUAAAGAUCUGGAGCAAAGACUCUGGGAAGCUGUUCUCCUCCAUACAGCCUCAGACCGACAUCAAUGAUGUCUGCAUGUACCCUAAUUCAGGAAUGCUUUUCACGGCCAAUGAAGACCCCAAAAUGAACACGUUCUACAUCCCGGCUUUGGGACCCGCUCCUCGCUGGUGCUCGUUCCUGGACAGCCUGACGGAGGAGCUGGAGGAGAGCCCCGAGUGUGCCGUGUACGACGACUACAAGUUUGUCACCAGAAAGGACCUGGAGAAUCUGGGUUUGUCUCACCUGGUGGGAUCUUCUCUCCUGAGAGCCUACAUGCACGGCUAUUUCAUGGACAUAAGGCUGUAUCACAAGGUGAAAACCAUGGCUAAUCCUUUUGCAUACGAGGAAUACCGCAAGGAUAAGAUCCGGCAGAAGAUCGAGGAGUCCCGAACACAGAGAGUCCAGGUUCAGAAGCUGCCCAAGGUGAACAAGGAGUUGGCUCUCAAGCUGAUGGAGGAGGGCGAUGAAGAAGCAGAGCUGGCUUCUAGGAAGAAGAAGGGCAAGGCUCUCCCCAGCAUUCUGGGGGACGACCGUUUCACGGUGAUGUUCGAGAACCCCGACUUCCAGGUGGAUGAGCAGAGCGAGGAGUUCCGGCUGCUCAACCCCAUCGUCUCCAAGGUGGGACAGAAGAGGAAGAAGAAGCUGCGCCUGCUGGCUCAACAAGAGGCCGCUGCCCAACAGGCGGCUGAUGAAGAAGAGGAGCCAGAAGGGCAAGCCAGCUCCGAGGAGGAGAGCUCUGACGACGACAAGAGCUGGGUGGAGGAGGUGAGAGAGCAGCGAAGGCUACUGCAUCAGGAGGACAGAGACCGCCGGCGGCAGGAGAGGAGGGAGGCCGACCGGAACACCGUCCUGCUGGAGAGAGAACAGGGUGAUGGAGAGAAAACCGAGAGCAAGAAGAAGACUCAGCCGCAGUUUUAUCAAAUCAAAGCUGGAGAGGAGUUCAGGAGUUUUGGAGAUGUGACCCGCAAGCAGAAACUGCAGAAGGCUUCUUUGGAGGAGCGGCUAAAGCUGGAGGAAAACUCAGGAAUCAGCAACACAGUGGACACGGCAGUGGGCAGCAAACAGCUGACCUUCUCUCUUAAAAAGUCGGAGCAGCAACGGAAGCAGCAGCAGGCGGAGAAGGAACACCACGAGGAGAGGAAGAAGCUGAGACGCUCCGCCGGACAUCUGAGCAGCACUCGUGGGAGAGGAAGAGGAAGAGGAAGAGGCCGCUACUGAGAAGAGAUGCCACCAAAAUGAUCAAAUGUUUCUUUCACUUUUUUUCCAUCUGCGCCUCCUGUCAGUGGUUGGAGAAAUGAAAUCAGCCAGCAAGACCGGAAAAAAGUCUAGUGCUGAAGUAGUGGUAGAUUUGUCUGGCUGCUGGGUGGUCUGAGCUCCUGUCUGUGAACUCCAUGCAUAUUAAAAACAGAUUACCUCUGUCAGUGCCUGUAUUAAUGCUAAAGCAAGAUGGUAUUUCUGAGUCCUGUCUGCAGAUAGAUCAUCAUUUUGUUGAGAUUUCACAGGAAGCUCCUCAAAAAGCUAGUUUCAAACCAGGAGAGGAAGAAAUUUUAUUUUAAUACUGUUUAAUAUUGUAUAUUGCUAUUUCAUAAAUCUGUUAAUGUAUGAUGGCUCGAAUGGACUUUUAAAAUAUAUCUGUAGAAAGAUUUACCUUUGUGCAUUGUUUUUUACUGUUAAAAAUGAACCCAAUGUUUUGAAUACAGUGAAUGAUUUUGGAAA